AACCGGCAGAGUAAACAGUGCGCCGCGGCUCGCUAACGGUGCUGAGCACACAGGCAUGUUCACUCAGACUUUCUGCAGAAUUUUCUUUAAUAGCUGCAGUUAUAUCCCAUAAACAGUAGUAUAACGGAAAUCGGUGAGGUUUUUGUGCACAAGUUUUUCUGCUAGAAACGCCAUUUAAUGAUUAGAAGUGGCUAAGCGGGCGGCUCGGAGAGCUCUUCCCUGAGUAAGUGCUCCUUUCCUGGGGAGGACUGUAAACUCGAGCCCGGGGAUUCAGUCACGGCCUAGUGUAAACACAGCUCAGGCAAAGAGGAUGUCGGACUCGGACAGUGAGGAGGAUCAGGACCGUCCCUUCCACCUGACCGGCUUCCUGUUCGGAAACAUCAACGAGGAUGGACAGCUGGAGGACGACAGCGUUCUGGACACGGAGAGUAAGAAGCACUUGGCAGGUCUGGGCUCUCUUGGUCUGAGCGCGCUCAUUACUGAGAUCACCGCCACUGAGGAGGACACCGAGCAGAGCACUGACGCAGACGGCUGGGUGAAGAGCACUGAGGAUGCAGUGGAUUAUUCAGACAUCAGUGAAGUCGCUGAGGAUGAAACCCGAAAAUACAAACAAGCCAUGAGUAGCAUGCAGCUGUCACACAGAACAGAUGAUGAGGAUGAUUAUGAUGCUGACUCUGAGGACAUCGACGCUAAGCUCAUGCCUCCACCCCCGCCACCAAGCCAGCCAAUCACAGCUAAGAAAGAAGACCCGCCCACUCAGAGCUCCAGUGUAAGUGAUGAAGGGGAUGGUAUUAUUCUUCCCUCCAUCAUCGCUCCCUCCUCCGUCGGGGAGAAGGCGGAGUUCAGCAGCUCCUCAGACAGCGAGAGUGAAUGUGAUAGGCCGACGCCCACUGGAGGGGUGGGGCUUCAGUCCAGCCUCACACUCCCAUUGGCUGGAAUCAUGCAGAAGGACACGGCUAAAACUCUGCCUCAAGUAACCGAGCUGUUCCCUGAGUUCAGACCAGGACAGGUUCUGCGGUUCCUGCGUCUGUUCGGUCCCGGUAAGAACAUGCCGUCAGUGUGGCGCAGCGCUCGGAGGAAGAGGAAGAAGAAGCACAAAGACACACACUUGGACACGCCCACUGCCGACGGCGAAUCACAAGCUUCGGAGGGCGGAGACGAGAAGAAAUCUGGAUGGGAUUAUGAAUAUGCCCCGCCCCCUCCGCCAGAGCAGUGCCUGUCUGAUGAUGAGAUCUCCAUGAUGGCGCCGGUGGAGUGUAAGAGUGUGUCGGUGGUGUGUGAGGGCGAGGGCGUGUGUGAGUUGAGGCCGCGUGUUGCAGAGUGGCGCUACGGUCCGGCUCAGCUGUGGUACGACAUGCUGGGCGUGCCCGAGGAUGGGGCGGGGUUUCACUACGGCCUCAGCCUGCGCCAGGACAGCACCGAUACGCCCACCGACACACACACCGACACACACACCGACACACUCACCGACACACACACUGACACACACACUGACACACGCACUGACACACACACUGAAACACGCACUGACACACACACUGACACACACAGUGACACACACAGUGACGCACGCACUGACGCACGCACUGAUACACACACAGAUGCACUCACUGAAACACACACUGACACACCUGGUGCAGAGCAGAGCAGCGAGCAAGACAAGCAGCAGUCUGAGCUGGAGGACGAACUCUUCCUCAUGGUCACACAGCUGCAGUGGGAGGAAGACAUCAUCUGGAAUGGAGAAGACGUGAAACACAAGGGCACUAAGACCCAGAGGGCCAGUCUGGCAGGGUGGCUUCCCUCCAGCAUGACCCGCAAUGCUAAUGCUUACAAUGCACAACAGGGACUGAGUCGCAGUAAUUCCCAGCUGAUACCCCCGACUCCGCCCCCCAUUCCCAAAACUCCCUCAAUAACGGGCUCCAAACGCGACAAGCACAGUCAAGAAGUUUCCCAUGAGGGCGAUGCUCCGUGGUACUCCAUUUUCCCGAUCGAUAAUGAGGAGCUUGUGUACGGACGAUGGGAAGACAACAUCAUCUGGGACGAUCAGAACAUGGACCGUCUGCUGUGUCCUCCGGUCCUGAUCCUCGACCCCAACGAUGAGAACAUCAUACUGGAGAUCCCCAGUGAGAAGGAAGAGAGGACGUCUCACUCUCCAUCUAAAGAGAACAAGAAGGAGUCGUCUCUGAAAAAGAGUCGCAUUCUGCUCGGGAAAACGGGCGUCAUUAAAGAGGAACCACAACAGAACAUGUCCCAGCCGGAGGUUAAAGACCCAUGGAAUCUGUCCAAUGAUGAGUUCUACUACCCCAAACAGCAGGGGCUGAGGGGCACGUUCGGGGGUAACAUCAUUCAGCACUCUAUCCCAGCGUUGGAGUUGAGGCAGCCGUUCUUCCCGACCCACAUGGGCCCGAUGAAGCUGCGCCUGUUCCACCGUCCCUCGCUCAAGAAGUACUCGUUCGGUGCUCUGUCUCAGCCUGGACCUCACUCAGUGCAGCCCCUCCUCAAACACAUCAAGAAGAAGGCCAAGAUGAGGGAGCAGGAGCGACAGGCCUCAGGGGGCGGGGACAUGUUCUUCAUGCGCACCAAUCAGGAUCUGACAGGUAAAGACGGAGACCUGAUCCUGGCAGAGUACAGUGAGGAGUACCCGCCCCUCAUGCUGCAGGUUGGCAUGGCAACCAAGAUCAAAAACUACUACAAGAGGAAGCCUGGUAAAGAUCCUGGCGCUCCGGACUGUAAGUAUGGAGAGACUGUGUACUGCCACACUUCUCCUUUCCUGGGAUCACUCCAUCCUGGACAACUGCUGCAGGCAUUUGAGAAUAACCUGUUCCGAGCUCCCAUCUACCUGCACAAGAUGCCGGAGACGGAUUUCCUGAUUCUCCGGACGCGUCAGGGUUACUUCAUCCGCGAGGUGUUGGACAUAUUUGUAGUGGGACAGGAGUGUCCUCUAUACGAAGUACCGGGACCCAACUCCAAACGGGCCAACACACACAUCCGGGACUUCCUACAGGUGUUUAUCUAUCGCUUGUUCUGGAAGAGUAAGGAUCGGCCGAGACGGAUUCGGAUGGAGGACAUAAAGAAGGCGUUUCCCUCUCACUCCGAAAGCAGCAUCCGCAAACGCCUCAAACUCUGCGCAGACUUCAAACGCACCGGGAUGGACUCUAACUGGUGGGUGUUGAAGCCGGAUUUCCGGCUGCCUACAGAGGAGGAGAUCAGAGCCGUGGUGUCUCCUGAGCAGUGCUGCGCUUAUUACAGCAUGCUGGUAGCAGAGCAGAGGCUCAAGGAUGCUGGUUAUGGUGAGAAGUCCUUCUUCGCUCCAGAGGAAGAAAAUGAGGAAGACUUCCAGAUGAAGAUCGACGAUGAGGUGCGCACAGCUCCGUGGAACACCACCCGUGCAUUUAUUGCGGCGAUGAAGGGAAAGUGUCUGCUGGAGGUCACUGGGGUCGCAGAUCCCACCGGCUGUGGAGAGGGAUUCAGCUACGUCAAAGUACCAAACAAACCCACACAGCAGAAGGACGAGCGAGAGCCUCAGCCAGUGAAGAAGACAGUAACAGGAACAGAUGCUGAUCUGAGACGCCUUUCACUCAAAAACGCCAAACAGCUCCUGCGCAAGUUCGGCGUGCCCGAGGAGGAGAUUAAGAAGCUGUCCCGUUGGGAGGUGAUUGACGUCGUGCGCACCAUGUCGACGGAGCAGGCGCGUUCAGGAGAGACGCCGAUGAGUAAAUUCGCUCGCGGGUCGCGGUUCUCCGUCGCUGAACAUCAGGAGCGAUACAAAGAGGAAUGUCAGCGCAUAUUCGACCUGCAGAACAAGGUGUUGGAGAGUACGGAGGUGUUGUCCACAGACACAGACAGCAGUUCUGCGGAGGACAGUGAUUUUGAGGAGAUGGGGAAGAACAUCGAGAACAUGCUGCAGAACAAGAAGACGAGUUCUCAGCUGAGCCGUGAGCGUGAGGAGGAGGAGAGGAAGGAGCUGCAGCGCAUGCUGAUGUGUGUAGCGAGCGGUCUGUCCACCGGCUCUCAUAAAGACGAUGACGCGUCCUCGGUGACGAGUCUGAACUCCUCGGCGACGGGGGCGGCGCUGAAGAUCUACCGCACGUUCCGUGACGAGGACGGUAAAGAGUACGUGCGCUGUGAGACCGUCCGCAAACCGUCCGUCAUCGACGCAUACACACGCAUCCGCUCCACCAAGGACGACGACUUCAUCCGUAAGUUUGCCCUGUUUGAUGAGCAGCACAGGGAGGAGAUGCGUAAAGAGCGCAGACGCAUUCAGGAGCAGCUGCGCAGAUUAAAGCGUAACCAGGAGAAGGACAAGUUCAGAGGACCGCCUGAGAAACGACCCAAGAAGGCCAAGGAGAGACCUGACCUCAAGCUGAAAUGUGGAGCAUGCGGUGCGAUUGGUCACAUGAGGACCAAUAAGUUUUGCCCGUUGUACUAUCAGACGAAUGCUCCGCCCAGUAAUCCCGUUGCCAUGACGGAGGAACAGGAGGAGGAGCUUGAGAAGACGGUCAUCCACAACGAUAACGAAGAGCUAAUUAAAGUGGAGGGAACCAAGAUCGUCCUGGGCAAACAGCUCAUCGAGAGUGUAAUAGAGGUGAGGAGGAAGUCUCUGGUGUUGAAGUUCCCUAAACAGCAGCUUCCUCCCAAAAAGAAGAGACGCGUCGGCAGCACGGUCCACUGCGACUACCUCAAUCGUCCUCACAAGUCGAUCCACCGCAGGAGGACGGACCCGAUGGUCACUCUGUCCUCCGUCCUGGAGAGCAUCAUCAACGACAUGAGAGACCACCCCAAUACGUACCCGUUCCACACACCAGUGAACGGUAAGCUGGUGAAGGAUUAUUAUAAGAUCAUCACUCGGCCGAUGGACCUGCAGACGCUGCGUGAGAACGUGAGGAAGCGGCUGUACCCGUCCCGAGAGGAGUUCAGAGAGAGCGUGGAGCUCAUCGUCAAAAACAGCGCCACGUAUAACGGUGCGAAACACCCUCUGACGCAGGUGGCUCAGUCCAUGCUGGACCUCUGUGAUGAGAAACUGAAAGAGAAGGAGGAGCGUCUGGUACGCCUGGAGAAAGCGAUUAACCCUCUGUUGGAUGAUGAUGAUCAGGUCGCUUUCUCCUUCAUCCUCGACAACAUCGUCACUCAGAAGAUGAUGGCCGUGCCUGAGUCGUGGCCGUUUCAUCACCCUGUGAAUAAGAAGUUUGUUCCUGAUUAUUAUAAAGUCAUCAUGAACCCCAUGGACCUGGAGAACCUCCGCAAGAACAUCUCCAAACACAAGUAUCAGAAUCGGGAGAUUUUCCUGGCAGAUGUUAAUCUGAUCCACACCAACAGCGUCAAAUACAAUGGUCCUGACAGCUCUUACACUAAGACAGCUCUGGAGAUUGUCAAUGUGUGCAAGCAGACUUUAGCAGAGUAUGAUGAACACCUGACUCAGCUGGAGAAGGAUAUCUGUACAGCUAAAGAAGCUGCUCUGGAUGCUGCUGACCUUGAGAGUCUGGAUCCACUCACACCUGGACCAUACACUCCUCAGCCUGAUGUGUGUGUGACUCUGCAGGGAGAUGUUAGCCUGUUAGCCGAGGCUACGCUCGUUCCUCCCGCUCCUCAGAAACGAGGGGGGCAGGGCCGUGGGCGGGGCCGAAUGGGAGAGGAGGAGUCUGAUGUUGAUAUUGAAGGAUUUGAAGAUGAUGAUGACGGCAAACCCAAAACACCUGCUCCGGCUGAGGAAGGAGACCUGGAUGAUGAAGAUGAGGAUGAUGAUGAGAUGCUGUUGCCGGGGCGUGGCCAUCUGGAGGAUGAGGAGGAGGAGGAUGAUGAAGGCUCGAGCAGGCCGGUGCAGUCCAGCGUCCUCUACCAGGACCUGCUGAUGUCAGAGGGAGAGGACGAGUGCAGCGACGAGGAGGGAGACAACCCCUUCUCCUCCAUCCACCUAUCAGAGAGUGGGAGUGACAGUGAUCGGGAGGUGGGGCAUCAGGAAUCCACCCGCAUGGGCAUGGAGCACGAGGAGAGCAUGAUGUCGUACGAGGGGGAGGGGCCUGACGAGGACACACACAUGGAGGACAGCAUCGUCAGUUAUGGCAGCUAUGAUGACGGAGACAGCCGACACCAGGGGCGGGGCUUCAGUCCUGAAGGGGAGGGGCAUGAACAAGGGGAGGGGCCCGGGGAUGGAGUGAGUGAUGAGGAGGAAGAGGAGGAGGAAGACGAGAGUGAGGAGCGGAGGAGGGGGCCGAGCGUGCUGACCCGUGUCCAGCUCAGUGAGGACGAGGAGGACAGCGAGGACUUCCAGUCUAUCGGCGGGGACAGUGACAUGGACUCGGAUAACUAACACACACACACACACGUCUCUGCUCUGUGUGUAUAUUCUGAUUUGUCAUGAUGAAAUUGUUCCACUUCCUGUUUUUAUUAUGUUUAUUAUUUUUUACCUGAUAGUGUGACGCAGUGAAACGUCUCUGACUCAAUAAAUCUGUGUUCAAUCUCA